AUGGACUUUGAUGAAGAAACCAAGCCAAACCUGACAACCUUGAACAUGAGCUCCAACGUGAGCGUGAGAAGCGAGUCUAUCGGCGCCUUCGACCCUGCUACCCAGCAGCAGAAUGGGUCAAAACCACCCAUCAAGCGCAGGUCUCCAAUAGCCUGCCGGAGAUGUCGCCGAAUGAGGAGCAAAUGUAUACAUGAAAAGGGACAGCCGCCGUGUAAAUCCUGCGCCGAAGCGGGCAUACCAGCGAGUGAAUGCAUCUUCCCCCAGCGAGGCCAGCCAGAUCUCGACCGCGAGUAUCGUCACCCUCGCUUGAGGGCUGAGAAGGCUGCUAAACGAGAAGCCGACAAGGCUCGACGCAGCGCAUCAGAUGCGCAAGUGCCCCGUGGUCCCGGCGCGCCAGCUCUUCGGAAGCCCGCAGACGAAUGGGAGCUUCUCCCACCGCUUCCCGAAAUCAUCGACGCCGUCCACGUCUUCACUCGGAAGUACUUCCAGCUAGGCUUCAUUCCGAAGGAGCUCUUGCCCCAGCAGCUGCAGCGAGACCACCGAUCCGUCAGCGUCUUCCUUCUGCUUGGCAUUCUCAGUGUCUCGGCUCGCUUCUCACCAGCCCUGGCCCAGAGGUACCAUGGGGAGAUGGAAGCCGUCGACUUCUUUAUGGAACGGGCCAGCAACCUCGCGCUCAACGAACUGUAUCAAGAGCCUACUCUGGAGAGAUGCCAAGCCUUCUAUCUGUUGAGUUUAGCGCAGCAAGGUGGUGGUAUGAGGAACAGGAGCUACAUCAACAUUGGCAUUGCCACGAGGAUGGCCGUCUUGAUGCACUUGCAUCGCGAGGAGUUCUACAAGAUGAAGAAUCCCACGAGGGAGAUGAUUAUCAGGGCGGAAUCUGCGCGCAGGACUUUGUGGAUGCUACACAGCCAGGACAACCUUCACUGCGGCGCUCUUUCCCCCGUAUCACUCGCUGCAAACGACAUCACGGCUCUGCUCCCCAGCAACGAGGAAGACUUCGCAUACGGCCGUGAGCCAUUAUCGCGCGCUGCCCUCGAGGAUACACCACCAGCCCGCGAGAACCCUUCACUGAUCCAUCAACCAUCUCGAUCGCUGUUUGCGAGUCUGAUGCAAGCACACUACUACUGGGGGAAAGUCGCUCGCCGGGCGUUGGCGACGAUGAAGAGCGCCGAUCCUUGGGACCCUGCGAGCGAGUACGCCAUCACAGCAAAGCAGAUCCUAAGCUGGGAACAGCAGCUUCCGCAAGACCACCGUUGGUCUAUGGUUCUUCUCAAAGGGCACAAGUCCGUUGGCGAAGAUCUGGCCUACCUCGGAGUCACCAUGAUAACGAAACUCUGCAACAUUGUGCUGAGGCGUGCGUAUCUCGAGAACAUCAUCAAACCAGGCGAGAAGGAUAUGCAACGCAGGGCAUUUUUCGCAAACAUGUCGGACGAUCUCUUCCGGAAUGUGCGAGAGUUAUACGAGCAAAUCGAUGCUCAGUUCAGCGUCAGAUCCUCAGAAGAGGGCGUAGGAGCCCAGAUGGCGUCGUUCUGCGUCUACAGCUGUGGCCUUUUCUCGACGUACCUGGUCAAGUACCGGAAUAUUUGUUCCGACAAAAACAUCGUCGCGCAGGCUCCGAAUAUGCUCCAACGGUGCAUGUCCAUUCUCAUCGAGUCCAAGCAGACCUGGCCUCUCGCCUCCCGCUGGCUCGAAUCUCUUGAGCGCUUCUCGCGCGAUCCUAAAGCGGCCGCCUUUAGUCUUGAGGGCAGUAUGGCUGACGGCAAUGACCGGACUCUCCGACCGCUCCAUCCCUCGCCAUCCAACUUCUCAAAAGGCCCACGCGCCGACGCGCCAAAGUAUCAGCUCCCAGGCCCGCCGGCAACCCCCUUGAACGAGAAGAAACCAGUGCCACCACGACACAGCAGCAUCAGCAGCAACGCAUCCAACAACGUCCUCCCUCCCCCAAGCCCGUCACCAAGCCUACAGCAACAGCAGCAAAUGCACCAGCAACACAACUCCGCAUUCCCUCUCCCGCCGCUCAUGAACACCACCCACCAACAGCAGUCCCAGCUUCAUCACCAGCAACAGCAGCACCAGGCCCAACAUCAUCAAACCCUCUCGCCACACCAACAACAUCACCUGCUACAACACCAACCGCAGCCACACCACCAACUCCAACAUCAGCAACGCCACCAACAUCCUCCGACACCUCACAUGCAACAAUCACAACAUCAACAUCUACCCCCAGAACUACAUCCGCAAUUCUCUCCACCGCUCUACUCCCAAGCCCCUCCCCCCUACAGUCCAAACAACGGCAUGGGCAUGCUUGUUCAAGCUGCCUCCUUCGAUACCACAAGCCCGAUCCUUGGUGCGCCGGCGCAGCCUCCGCCGUCGACGAAUCCUUACGAUCCGAAUACGGCCGCGGCGGUGGCGGCGUUCUACAAUUCACCUGGAUCCACCUCCAUCGUCCUCGGCCCUGGCACGGAUGGCUUCGAGUGUGAGCUCCAGAGCUGGUUCGAUGGCACUGCGCCGGUCCAGGCAACAAGCUGGAUCGGGAAUGGGGCAGCCGGGCUGGGGUGGUUUGGGUCCACGUGA